UGCAGAGCUACUGCUUCACUGAACUUCAUCGCAGCCAUGGCUUUCUGCAAACUUCUAAUAACUGCGUUGGUGCUGCUCCACAACAGUGGCGGUAUGCUGGGAGGUGAAAUUAAGAGCUCCAUCAUUGGCGGAGCGGAUGCUCCAAAGGGCAAGUGGCCGUGGAUGGUCAGUCUUAACAUGACAUCUUAUGACAAACUGAAAAAAUGGCGCUGUGGCGGCACCAUCGUCAGCAAAGACUGGAUCCUGACUGCUGCACACUGCUUGGAUAACAAUCCUAGUCAUCAUCGAUCAUUCGUUGUGGUCGGCGCACGUGACCUGCACAAGGGGGCUGAACGUUACAUGCAAGUAACUCAUUUUGUCCCUCACCCCGACUACAAAGCCCUGGGCAAUGGCGUCUACAUCAAUGACAUCGCUAUGAUCAAGCUGAAGAAAAAUAUCAGCUUUUCAAAAGAUGUCAAUAAAGUGAGUCUACCCAGCAACAAUGAUGCCUUUAGUCCAUCAUCUGAGUGUUGGAUCACCGGCUGGGGGUUCGUGAAAAAUAAUGUUCCACUGCCAGAUCCAGAAACCCUUCAGGAGGCGAAGAUUUCCAUCAUGGAUCAGACUGCCUGCAAGAAUGUGUAUUCUCAGCUGACCUCUGAGAUGCUAUGUGCAGGUGGCAGUAAUGGAGGGAAGGAUGCCUGCAACGGAGACUAUGGUGGUCCGCUGGUGUGUCGUAAAGGGACGGAAUUCACGCAAGUGGGAGUCAUGAGUUAUGGCAGUCGUGAUGGCUGUGGCCUCCGCCCUGGCGUCUAUACUCAGGUUUCCAAGUAUCUGUCCUUCAUCGACUACUAUAUCCACCUUGCUGAGGAGCCUUCAGCUGAGGUCUAAACUCUCAGGAAACUGAAGCUGCCGGCUGUGCUCAUCUGAUAACUUGCCUUACUCUUAGCUUCUUUCCUGUACUGCAUUAUUACUCCAUGUUAAUGGUGGUGGACUCUGGUUCAGUUA